AUGUUCACCGUCCUCAGCCGAUUCGGCCGCCGGAGAAAGCCCAUUUCUCUCCUUACCACCGCCAUCAGUUACUCCACGGCCACCGUUGGGAAAUCAUCUAAGCUAUACACAGAAUAUUCAUUCCAGCCACCAGAGUCUCUUAAACCCCAGCAAAACCCUGCUCCCCCUGAAUCCACCAGAAAGCGAUCUAAGCCUCGAUACCGGCCGCCAUCUUCUUUGGACCGAGAAGGUGUGGAACCCUUAAAGUCAGAAUUACCGUUUGAUUUCCGGUUCAGCUACACGGAAAGCAGCCCCUAUGUCCGGCCCAUUGGGCUCCGGGAGCCGAAGUACUCGCCAUUUGGUCCGGGGAGGUUGGACCGAGUGUGGACUGGGGUUUGCGCUCCUGCCGUUGACCCAAAAGUGGGUUCCAUUGAGACUGAAAAGGAGUUGGAGGAGAAGAGGGAGGAGACGAAGGAGAUGAUCCAGGGAGAGCCCUUGAGCAAUGCUGAAAGGAAAGCUCUUGUUGACGGAUGCCAGAGGCAUAGAACGAAAAGGCAAAUCAAUCUAGGUAGAGAUGGUUUAACACACAACAUGCUGAAUGAUAUCCAUAAUCACUGGAAACAUGCUGAGGCGGUUAGGAUUAAGUGUAUGGGUGUGCCUACUGUUGAUAUGAACAACGUUUGCAUCCAGUUAGAGGACAAGACAUUUGGGAAAAUUAUCCACAGACAGGGAGGACUUCUUGUAUUGUAUAGAGGUCGAUACUAUAGACCAAAGAAGCGGCCUGUGAUCCCAUUGAUGCUGUGGAAGCCUCAAGAACCUGUGUAUCCCAGACUUAUAAAAACUACAAUAGAUGGUCUAUCUGUUGAAGAAACGAAGCAAAUGAGAAAGAGAGGGUUGGCUGUGCCUCCUUUAACAAAACUUGGUAAAAAUGGUUACUAUGGAAGUCUUGGGCACAUGGUGAGAGAUGCAUUCCUCACUGAAGAGCUGGUUCGCAUAGACUGUAAGGGCCUCGAGAAGAGCGACAGAAAGAAAAUAGGCUGCAAGUUGCGGGAUUUGGUUCCUUGUAUCCUGGUGACGUUUGACAAGGAACAGAUUGUAGUUUGGAGGGGCGAAGACUAUAAGCCUGCAAUGGAUGAAUUUUCACUUUUAGAUAAAGAAAUAUUUAAUGAUACUCAUCAUGACAUGGAUCAGCCAGUGGAUGAAAAUGACAUAGCAGAUGACCUUGAAGUACCGCAGGAUUUUGAUUCAGGAGACUCUGGGGAGGAGUAA